UAAACAAAAGCAUAGAAUAUGAGAAGCAGCCUGCUGUGGAGAACCGCGCUGCUGGUUCUGGGGCUCCUCUGCCUCAUGGAGCUGUCGUUUGCUCAAGACAACAACGACAACAAGGACAGCAAGGACAACAACAACGAUGUAUCGCCAACCUCCACGAGAAACACCCGGUCCACACCGACGCCCACGCCUACCAAGUCGAACUCACGGACCAAGGCGGACGAUGCAACCAAGGACGAUAACAGCGCUACCGAUGACAAUAAGGACGAUAACAGCGCUACCGAUGACAAUAAGGACAAUAAGGAGAACUCUGAUGAGCAGACAGCAGACGAAAACUCUGGAGACCAUGCUUCCAGCAUCGAUGAGGCUGAGAUGGAGUCCGAGUUCCCCGAUAUUGGCACAAUCAGUAUCACGACUCCUGACGCUGCAGCUGGGGUAUCGGUCAUGUUCCCAAUCGGUGGUGAUGUCGAGAUUGGAUGGAAGAUUUCGAACACCACCUGGCGCCCUCCUAAGAAGAUCACAAUUUGCGGGCGUCUCCCACCUGGGUACAACAGGGACACUAAUCCUUACUCGUGCGACUGGAUGAUUGCGACCAACAUCAGCGGCAGCGCUGUCAACGUCACAUGGAACACGGUGACCCACGGCCCGCCUGGACUGAGGUUCUGGGAAUCUCAAGGCUAUUACCUUUACAUUUUCGAUAGUGAUCUAGGAAGGCCUGCAAACCUCAAGCCUGGUCAGGCAAGGGAAGCACCGCUGAAGUUCUCGAUGUACAACUCGCGCUACCAGCUCUCGAACGAGGGCGUGCCAAAGGGAUACAACCCAAGUGCAGCUCCACCAUCUGUCAAGGUUCACAUGUGGGGCGUGGUAGGCGUGGUUGCGCUGGCGCUGCUUGGCGUCAUGGCCUGAUUCCGCAAUAUCGC